AUGUCAAAUAUAUUUUCUGAAUGUGUGAUAACCUUCUCUGGUAAAUUCGAGACAGGAUCACACUCACAACUCGGCGAACUGGUACGACAAAAUGGUGGGCAAGUAAUCGCCAAUGUGAAUAAGUCGCUUACACACUUGGUGGUAACGAAAGACGACUUCAUGAAACCUAGUAAUAAGGUGAAGACCGCGCGUAAAAACGAUGUGUCUUUUGUGACUUGGGACUGGAUACAGCAGUCCAUUGAAAAGGGAAUGAAGCUUGCAGAGACGGCCUUUCAUCUUGGCGUUAAUGAUACAGCAAAUACCUCGACUGAGGUUGAAAUGCAGGGUGUCGAUAAUAUCAGCAACGCAAAAUCCGUAAGUGCUUCUCACAAAGAAAUCGACAUCAAUGAAACUCGAGCGAACGAUAAAGAUGAAACGGAACCGAAACCUGGCAGCAAACGUCGAAGAAAGGACGUUACUUAUGAUACUCCCGUUAUUACUACUCGAUCGAGGUUUUCAAAUUCAGGCAACCCAUCCUCUUCGCCAGUGAACCAAAAUAAUGACGACAACAUUAAUGACGUGAAUGAGGUGGCGAUGGUAGAUGCUAGAAAUGAUGAAAUUGAAAAUAAAGAAAUCGUCUCCGAGGAAAUACUCAACCAAAGAGAUAAUGAAUCAGAUAAUGAACAAGCGAAACCAGCCAAAAAACGCCAGCGACAGAGCAAAAGUUCUGCGAAUUCUUACAAUGCCGCAGCACCUGAAGCUGCAACUGUUACAACGACACGAAAAAGGGGACGAAAACCCAAAAAUCUGUCAAAUGAAAAAGAUAAUGACAACGUAGACGUCAAAACCUCUGUUGCAGACAUCGCGCCAGUAGCUAUAAAUGAACAAAUCACCGAUAUCGCAGAGACGAUUGAAGAGGAAAAGAAAAUGGUGACUAUAAUUAAAAAAGGUGCAGCGGCGGUUGAUUCAUCAUUCCAAUAUAAAAAUACAACUCAUGUAUUUGUGGAUGAAGAAGCCAUUUGGGAUUGUCUUUUGAAUCAAACGAAUGUAAAAAAUAACAAUAAUAAAUACUUUGUCAUCCAAUUGCUUCAAUCUGAUUCUGGCACUAAUUAUUACGUAUUCACCCGAUGGGGAAGAGUUGGUUAUAAUGGUACAAGUGCUACUUAUGGGCCAACCUCAUCUUUGGAUAGCGCAAAACACGAAUUUCAAAGGAAGUUUUAUGAUAAAACGAGAAACCGCUGGCUUGAUGUAUGCAAAAAUAUCUCCGCUUUUACCCCGAUUAAAUCAAAAUACACUUUAUUGGAGCGUGAUUAUGGAGGAGACGGAAAAGAGAAAGAAAUAGUCACUAAACCCCGGGAAUCGAAAUUACAUCCAAAAGUUCAAGAUAUAAUUCAAAUGAUUUUUGAUGUUGGUUCAUGGAAUGAUACAAUGAUCGCGUUGAAUUACGAUGCAUCAAAAUUACCACUUGGUAAACUCUCAAAGGCUACAGUCAAUCAAGGAUAUCUCGCUUUGAAACGCAUCGCAGCUGUUCUUAAUGGUGAAGAGCAAGGCGACCUUACUGAACUUUCCAAUGCAUUUUACACGGUCAUUCCGCACAAUUUUGGAAUGAGAAAACCUCCAAUCAUCAGUAGCAACGAGGUUUUGAAACUUAAAUUACAAAUGGUCGAAACAUUGGGUGAAAUUGAAAUUGCGUCAGCUUUACUUAAUCAAGCUAACGAAUCGUCCAAAAAUCAACUUGACGCGUAUUACGAUUCUCUCAUGCUGGAAACCAUGGAGCCAUUGGAUCAUAAUUCCGAAGAAUUCAAAUUAAUACUUAAAUAUGUCGAGAAUACCCAAGGUGCCACGCACGAUCAAUAUAAGUUGGAAGUAUUGGAGGUCUUUGACUUGGAACGACAGGGUGAACGAGAACGCUACAAGCCUUUUUCGGAUUUCCAUAAUCGAAUGCUACUUUGGCAUGGCAGUCGAAAGACUAAUUACGCUGGCAUUCUCUCUCAGGGAUUACGAAUUGCACCACCUCACGUUCCGAGUACCGGCUACAUGUUUGGCAAAGGAGUAUACUUUGCUGAUUGUGUCUCAAAAUCCGCAAACUAUUGCUUCACAGACAAUAAAAAUAACAUCGGGUUAAUGCUAUUAUGCGAAGUUGCAUUAGGUGAUAUGUUGGAAUUAGUAGACGCUGACUAUAACGCCGACAGACUCGUGAAAAAGGAGGGCAAACACUGCACCAAAGGUCUAGGACUGACUAUCCCAAAUCCGAAUGGAUCUAUCACUUUGGAAAAUGGGACAGUGGUGCCAUGCGGAAAAGGAAUUAACUCGAAUAAUGCAAAUUAUCUUCAAUAUAAUGAAUAUAUCGUCUACGACGUAAAUCAAAUAUUCCAAAAAUAUUUGUUAAAAGUUAAAUUUAAUUAUAAAUAUUAUUAA